AUGAACAACCCGCUAGGCACGCCGGCACAUGCCAUGCUGCCCGUCAACGUCAAGUCGAAGCGGCGGGCCGUUGGCAAGGCUCGGGACGAAGCCACCUGCAAGAACAACAAGACCGAUGCACAGCAACCCGGCACAACGACAACCGCCGAGCAGAAUCAUAAGAGGCUCUACAACUCCCCUGCCUCGCUGCUCUCGUCUCCCCCUCCCACAACCGCCGGCGACGACCGGGACAAGAGCCUCCGCCCAAACAUGCACUUACACCUCGACCCUGCAUCUGCCGGCGUGACGGGAGAACCAUCCAGCCCGUCCAGCAGGCGCCACUCGCUGGCCGUCUCGACAGCCGGUCACUCAUCGCGGUCGUCGGCAGACGGCGCCCCCGGCCCGUUUGCCUCGUGGCGACGAGUGUCAACGUCCGUCCCGGCCGGCGCCGAGUCGGCCCCGCUGACGGCCGCCGACGCCGUCGUCGGUCUCAUCGCCGCGUCGUGCCAGGCGCAGCGCGACCUGGAAGAGCUGAAGGCGUCGCCGGCGGGGGCCCCCGCGCCGCUGAGAAGGCUCCUCGGCGAGGUCAAGUCGUUCAAGGCGACGGCGCAGCUGCUGCACAAGUCCCUGAGGAGAGUCGAAACCGGGGCCCUGGCUCACGGGGACCGCCCGGGGCUAGUGGAGCUGGACGUGCUCAUUGCCGUGCUGGCCGCCUCGGUCCUGACCGUGUCCGAGCUCGAGGGCCGGCUGGAGGGCUUGGCGAUGCGGGCCGCGGAGCUGGGCGUCGCCGUCGAGGACAUGGUGCAGCGGUAUUCGCGGAGCCUGGCCAGGGACGCCAACAGAAUCGCCAUGGUGGACUUUGUCAUCACCCAGCUCCUGAACGUGCUUCAGGUCCACCAGGAUGCCGCUCGCCACCGGGCCCAGGCCGGCCUCGCCGUCAUGGACAUGCUCCAGGCGGACGCCGCGCUGGCCGGCCGCAUGCAGCAGCUCCAAGACGCGGCAAACGGCCUCGAGCUCGUUUCCCGGGAGCGCCGUGCGGAGCUCGCCUCCCGACCGCCGCCGAGCUACAGCGUCCCUUCGCCGGGGGGCGACGACGAGCCGCCCAGCUACUACCGGGCUCUCGAUGACGGCUCGGUCGCCAUCCAGCCCCGAGACUGGUCCGUCUACGCGGGCUUGAGCCUCGGGGACAUACCUGCCCUGUCCAGCAUCAGCCUUCCUCUGAUUCUGGGCGAAAUCAAAGACGCCUAUUACUACACGGAAGAGUAUGCGCGGUCCGUCAGAGACGGGCUCAUCGCGUUGGAAGAAGCUCGCCACACCCACAAGUCAAAGGCCCUGGCCCGGGUUCUGGGCAUCGAGGAAGGCGGCAGCAAGGAGAAGAACAGCGCUGCUUCAGAUCAUGGCGGUCUGGCGCAUAGACUUGCGCUCAAGGUGGCAAGGGGAAAAUUGCCAAGUCGAUCACACUAG